AUGGCCCAUGAGAAUCACAAGACUGACUUUACCAUUACCAAACGCCUCGUUGUCGAUUCGGCCUCUGCCAAUCCAGAGCUUCCCGGCGUGCAAUAUUUUGGAAUCGAGGCCACGCACUCCAACAUGUGCAAGUUCAGCAGCUCGACAAGCCAUGGCUACCGCAUUGUAACCAGCGCCAUCCGCGAGUGGGUCAUCCAGGGGCCCUCCGUCAUCGAGCGCCGUUGGGACGUUGAGAGGAACGAAUCGCGCCAGCGUGCUAUCGAGGAUGCCACCGAGCGCCUCGGCCCCGCUGCUGCUGGCUUUCCGGGAUUCAACACGCCGAUGACUUCCUCCGGAUAUUUUGAAGGCCCAUCUGCCCCUCCACGUACUACGCCGAGUUUGAGCAUGCCCUUUCUGCAGCACGCGCAAUCGACUCGUUCGUCGCUUUUCAUCACUCCCAGUCAUUUUCACCCUGACACUGUCUUCGUCGGGCGUGAUAAGGAGCUCGCUGGUUUGCAUGCGAUGCUGCUAGACGAGCACCGACGCUCCCUGGGUACAUCGGCCGUCGUCGUGCAGGGCAUGUCCGGCAUCGGAAAGUCCGCACUAGGUAAACAAUACAUCUUCAACCACAAGAACCAUUACCCUGGCGGCAUCUAUUGGAUCAGGGCGAGCACGCUACAGGAGAUGGAGGACGACUUCUGGCAUAUUGCCAAGAACGAUGCUAUCCGACAGAUGAUUGACCACAGGUCCGAGUUAGACCUCCGAGACCCUAAGAAAGUAGUUGAUGUUGUGCGGAGUUGGUUCAACAAGCUGGAGGGAUGGCUCAUCAUUUUUGACGGCAUCCGCUUCGAUGACCCAACGGCCAUCAGUCACUUCGUCCCGGACAACAAGAACACCAGCAUUAUUUUCACUUCCACAGAGCGUCCCGUCGCUGGCAGUCAUCUCCUCAACAAUCCUACCAUAUUGGAGCUGGGCUUGCUCUCUGUACCCGAGAGCCAGGAGCUGCUCCUUGGGGAGUUGGGCAAGCACAAGCCGUACAAGCUCGACGACCUCGACAUGGCCGCCAAACUGGUCAAGCUGAUGGACUGUCUGCCUCUGAUGAUCCACAGUGCCGCUCAACAGAUGAAGGCCACCAGGGAACCACUCUCGAAGUACCUGAAGUCCUGGAAAGCCAAGCCCCACAUUGGCGACGCAGCCCUACCAGCGUUCCAGUCGAUCCGCGAUGACCUACAAGACCGUGGUGAGACUGCCGCGCUCAAUCUCAUCAACAUACUUUCCUUUUUUGGCCAGCUCAUUCCUGUGGAGAUGUUGGCUCUGGGUCUCAGUGCGCUAGAUACUCGGACCGUUACACAGGUGUUCUUUGCCAACAUCUUGGCCGACGACAAGCAGUUUUGGCUUGAACGCGCCAUUGCCUUAUUUUGUCGCUCCAUUGAUGAGGCGGAUGCCCGAAUGAAGAGCCGCCACGCCGAGAGCAGAUCCCAACAAGCCAGUCUGGGCAUGCCGACGACUACAGACGAUACUCCAGCUCAUGUCCCGCCUCGCUCGAUGCCUUUCCCAUAUGACAACACGAUGCCUGCUCCGCCAUUCCAGGACGAUGAAGCGGAUGACCGAACCGUGACUCCGUCUUCGGAGCCGCACCCUCCGUGGAACGACGGCGGGAUGGGUGAAGGUGCAGGUGUGCCACAACAUCGCGCACUCCGGAGGAUGGACAACAGGCGUUACCGAGACCGUGCUGGGGCGUGGAGGGAUGCCUCUGCCAGCAAUGACCCCCGCGUCAGCAUCAGCCGGGAGUCAGCUAGGGGUCUGUUUUCCAUGUCCGAGAGCACUCCGAAUAUUUGGAUGCCUGGUCAUGCCCGCGUCCUCUCCGAGAGCCAGGCCGAAGCGGGGCUUAGGAACAUCAAGAAAGCCUCACCGCCGCCAAAUCGCGGCGGCAGACCAGUUCAGGAUCGGACUCGUAGCCCUGUGCUGGGCGCAGAGAAGACCAUUCGGCUUGGACAAAGGGUUAGACCGGACAGCCAUUCCGAGCCAGCUCCAGCCUCAGUUCUCGAUGACAUUUCCCCGUCGUUCUUGCGCGGACCCCGAUCGAGAUCUCCAUUGUCGUCGCAGGUCGCCUCUAGUUCACAUUCACUGCCCCAAAGGACGUCUCAAGGGCAGACACAGGCUUCGAUGCAGUCGCCCUGGGUGCCGCCUCACGAUCCUUACCCGUACUCAAACCCUCGCGAUAUGCGAGAUGACUUAAUGGACUGGGAUGCGGAAAUGGACACUAUGGCUCCGAGCGGCAUGCAAACAAGCAGCUACAGCCCUGGGAUAUGCCAAGGCUCCUUUGCGCCCCCUAUUCUCUCGGUGUCUACCAAUCGACAGAGUAGUUUGCAGCAUAACUAUCGCGGUGAGCGGACCAAGGCGGAGCAUUCGACACAACCACAAGAUGAAUGGACUAGUGCGAAACCAUGGCCGCAGUCGGCACCGCACACUCAUCAACCCGCUUUUCUCUUCUCUCCUCCAGUGCAGGGCGAUGCCACUCCAUCGAGCCCGCAUCCGGUGACUGGCUACACGUCGCAACCCAUGUCACGUAACCCGAGCUCGAUUCCCAGGGAGCCAGUGCCCAUGAGCAGAGGACGUAGUCGCAGUCGCGGUGGAGAGUUUCCAGGCCGCGGCCGAGCGGCUUCGGUUGUGGAGACGGAGCCCUCGCCCCGACUUCCAGCCUUUGGCAUCGGUCAGACAUCGUACCAAGCAUGGGAGCAGGAGCACGGGAGGCACACGAGGUCAAGGGGCGACUCCUUGCUAGGAGCAUCAUCGGCGCCCCGUCGUCUGCCUAGGACUGGCACAGCAGGUCUGAGCGCCGGGUCGCGCAGUCCUUCGCGGAGCCCUGUCGGCAGUGCGCAGAGCAGGGUUGCAGAUUUGACCGCAGAGGAUAUGGUACGCACGAGGUCGGGGCCGGGGCGAGUGGAAAUGGGUGGUUGGGCGCCCGGAGAUGGGGACCCUAGGGCAAAAGAAAACGCGGGGCUGGGUAUUCGAUGGCAGCAAAAUUAA